AACCUCAGUAGAUGGGGAAUUUCAUCAAGUUCUGACUGCUCGUUCUGCUUACACCCUGAAUCACUUCUACACGUUGUUGCCGGUUGUCAACAUUACCUGGAACGAUUUACUUGGAGACACGAUUGUAUACUAACCUUUCUUGCAAAAACUUUUCAAAGUUUAAACGAAUGCAAAUUACAUGUUGAUCUUCCUGGAUUUGAAAGCCCCUCGAUUAUUACGGGAGAUGAAUAUCGUCCUGAUUUACUUGUCUCCACUUCAGACAAACACCUCUACGUUGUCGAACUUACCGUAGGCUUUGAAUCAAACCUCACAAACAAUGUUAACCGCAAGAAAGAUAAAUAUAAAAACCUAAUUAGAGAACUGGAUCAAAACUUUACAUCUGUCAAAUUUAUAAAUCUUUCUGUCAGUUCGCUAGGGGUGUUUGACAAAGAAUGUCAUACAUUCGUAAAAAUGCUAAAUGAGUUAGGACUGGAUAAUCAACACCAACAAUAUUGUAUCAGAAAAAUUAUAUCUAUUGCCAUCCGAUCAACGUACUACAUAUUUUGCUGUAGAAAUAAAGAAUGGACAAAUCCCGAACUAAUGAACAUUUGA